UAUAAAUUAUAAACAUGUCUAAUGAAUUAGAGAAAUAUUAUUGUUUCAAGAGAGAAAACAAAUUCAUUGUAAAAAGUGGAUCUAAAAAACGUAUGUGGAGAUCUUUAAAACAAAUCUUAACAGCCGAUCGAGCAUUACCAUGGCCAAAUGAAGCAGUUUUAUAUUAUUCAAUAAAUGCUCCGCCAACAUUCAAACCUAUUAAAAAAUAUUCAGACAUAUCAGGAUUACCAGCACCAUAUAUGGAUAGACACUCAAAACUUUAUUUUUCUAAUGCUGAAGAGUUUGCAACAGUCAGGAACCUUCCAAUGGACAUAACAGCAGGAUAUUUACAACUCAGAGGAGCAAACACUAUCGUGGGAUAAGGUGCAUGAUUCUAUAUGCAGUUAAUACCUAUUUGUUAAAGAAGCAUAUUGAUUACCAUAAUUAAAUAAAGGAAGUAAUAGCUUUAAUAGUGUAAUUUAUAUAAUUAACUAAUAUGUCAUAAGUUAGGUAGUUAGGUAGCUAUCAUAUAAUCACUAUAUCACUUUAUACCACAUUAUAUCACUUGGAUCCCACUAGCAAUAUUAUUAAAAUAAGCUUACUGUUCUAAACAACAUUCAGUUUGUCCAUAUACAGAAUAAACACCUCCAUGUCAUCACUAUAUUUUCUUUUGUUAGGUUUUAAUAAUAAAAUUUUUGGGAAAUGUGAAUAAUGAAUAAAAUAAAAUACUUUGGCAUUGGCAUGACAAUUAAGAAAUCUGGUUACAUGGUACUAAUUAAAAGUAAAAUUUCAAUUGUAUUUAAAAAAAUAAUUGACUAUUUAGACACCGAAAAUCAGAUGAACAUCAUUGAUAUGUAGUUACAUAGCAUGGGCUCAAAAUUGCUAUUGAAACAUUGAAGUGUUUUUAUGUGCUCUCUUAUAAUAAACGUGACACACAAACUUUGUAGCUAAACUGAAGUAAUAUUAGAACUUAUACAUCACAAAGGAAAUAUUCAACUUUUAGUAAUGUAGAAUUGCUGUGAUAAUCUACUUUCAAUGUUUUAUUAACUAAUUUAAAUUUACAGUCAAGUGUGCAGGUAAGAAAAUAAGACUUUUAUUAGACAGCCCAUAGACAUCUACAAUGUAAAUGCCGCAACCCACCUGUCACAGAAUCAUAAACCAGAAAUAGGCAAGGUGGUGGUACCUACCAGUGAGGACUCAAGAGGUCCUACCACCAGUACUAAAUAUAAAUAAAAUAAAUAUUGUUAUUAAUGGUGAGACUUGAUACAAUGUUUAUACAGAUAUUUUUAUUUAUGAGAAGCUCAUUAUAGUUCAAACUGGGACCGCAUGGAAAAAAACUUGGGAGUUGUAUAGGACAAUAUUGAUUAAGUUAACUGGUACAUAAUAAAUAUAGUUACGUUUUGAAGAAUAAACAGAAUUAGAUGC